UCAUCCCACCACCUCUUUGCUUGUGUCCAGCGCUUCUAAAAGCCCAACUACGCCACCACUCUCUCCGUAAAAAAACGUGGCCUUUUCGACCGUCUUCCACCUCGUCUCGUCUUCGCCCUUCUCUUCCUUUCUGCUGCUGCUGCUGCUGCAUGCUCUCUUUCAUCGGUGUACGCAUACCGUCACCUGCGUGUUUGAAGAGCUGAGCCGCGCCCGGUUUGGCUCCGGGAGGAUCUGCAGCGCAAAGGUCAGGUCGCCCCCAAAUCACUGGCUUCCAACAAGGACUUUAGUUCCGCCACCGCCGACGCCGCCCCAGGAAUCCUGGAGAAGGAGAUGGGCGAUGAUAAGCGGAUGGAUUCCCGCGUUCCUCUCAAGGAUGUGGUGGUGGAUUGCACUCGGCGGUGGUUCCAGGACGCGCUCAAAGAGGCCAAGGCCGGCGACGUAGCGAUGCAGGUUCUGGUGGGUCAGAUGUACCACGUCGGUUAUGGCGUCCCCGUAAAUGAGCAAAAGGCAAAUGCAUGGAUUACAAAAGCAUCAAAGUAUCGCUCAUCAGCUUGGAAGUUUAGCGAUAAGCAUCCAGGUUAUGGUCCUAGCGACUCGGAGUCUGACGUGGAGAAUAUUGUGGUUAAAUCAUGAUCAGUGGUGACUCAGAUUUGAACAAGGAAAAUUAUUGACAGUGCUUACUUUUCUGGAUCACCUAUUCACAUCUAUUGGCAACUGCUCAUAGAUUGAGAUCUGUUUGUUUCUUCUUCAAAAUUCACUAGCUUCCUUUAGCAUCAAUUCAUUUUUAUUGCUUAUUUUCUCUUUGUCAUCUGAGAACUUGAACCAUCUACUACACUUGUGAAACCUGGUUGGUUGGAUGAACAACAUGCUGUUGAUUCUGAUUCAGAAAUUAGUUUGGUCAUUUUGAAUAACCUGUGAACUUAUGAUUUUUGAAGUGGAUUGACUACCUAUGAUUAUAGGAGUCAGAUGCCAAAUUUCAGGAUUUGAGUUUGGUGGAAGUUGACUGGCUUCAGGCUCCAGGAAACCUAAUAUUUUUGUUUUAGUUGAUUAGGCAGCUGACUAGAAGAAUUCAAUCGAUCGGAGGCAUUAUUCAGUCGAAUAUCAGACGUUCGGAUGUUGGAUUAUUAGUUGAUUAGAGCACUUUAUACAGUCGAUUAAAAGCAUCACCCUCGUGUUUAUUCAGCUAACAAGUGCCCCAAGUUGAAAUCAGUAGAGCUUCAAGAUUUCUUCUAGUUUUGAGUUUCAAGUUCCAAGUGGUAACCCACUUUCUCUAUUAUGCUCAUCUACAUUGUUUUGGGAGAAUAGCCAGAUUUGUUUUUUCUUUCAUUUAUUUUGUAUUUUUUUUCUUAGAGAUUUUAGUUUUUGGUUAUAAGAACUUAUUGCAAUUUUAAAGAACAAGGUCUUCUAGUCGUUUCCAGGACAUUUGUUUUGUUGUAUUACAAUAUUUUAAGGAGCUUUUGUAGUAUUUUCAUCCAUGCUAAUACAAAUGGAUUUUGUGGUUCAAA